GGAGCAGGAAAUAGGGAAUCUAGCUACGUUUACUUCUGAAUCGUGGCUUGCAUUUAGGCUGUACGAUACUAUAUAUUUUUUAAAAAGGCAGCGUAAAUGUAUAAAAAGCAGGAGGGGCUUGUGGUAAAGCCUGAAAUAUAUAUUAUUAUAUAAGGUUUUGCGAAUCACUGUUUAGAAAUAUAUACAGGAAAUAUUUUCUCUUUAUAAUUCUGUACUCCAUCUUAGAACAAAGAUUUUAAUUAACACACCUCUGUGCCUUAUGAAUAUAAUAGCUUUAAGAUUUAGUUUCUAGUAGGAGAUGCCUCUUAAGUAUAAUUUGUUAUAUAUUGUUAUCUAUUAACAAUAGAUUCUGUGGAGUACUCAGUUGCUGUGUGCAUUGGUUGCUGUGUUUGUUCCCCUGCGUGACUUCUUACAAUCUGAUGUGACUUUUAGGUGGACCCUCGAUUUGAGAUAGAGUUAUAGGGACCCUGCUGGGCCAGCAAACACUGCACUCUCAUAUGUUUAUACUUCUUGGGAUGCAGACAGAUAAAUCACCCUAACCCUACCCCAAAAUGGAAGUUUGUAAUAAUAAAUCCAUUAUGCAGUUCUUGUGCUUUCUUGUCAAAUAAUUUUAUUUCAGAAACUUCUUGGGAGGCAUGCGCUUGACAAGCAGCAUCUGACACUUAAAAUGAAUUGUAAUAGUUGUUUUAACAAUCUUGGAUGCAAGGUAUGUUUUUAUUGUUGGCAUUAGAUUACAAACAAUAAAUGAGAGUGAACCAUGGCUAGUACAGAAAACAAGGGACGAUCACAGUCAUUUUAGCACUUGGCAGCUUUGUCAUAGCAGAAUUCUUCAGGCUGACCUUCAUUUCUGCUAUCUGAACAUAUCUAAGGAUCUGUCAAAUGAAAAUUUAUUUGCACAAUUACAGUGUGCUGGGUCUAUUAGAGUCCUGGGUCUAUUAGAGUCCUAAGCUACUUUGGCUGCAUUACUGAAAUGGCUAAUGCAACGAAUUAUACUGUGCCUUAUGAAUAUUACCUGGAUUACUUAGAUCCACCUCCGGUUGAUGCAAGUAAGCUGAAAGCCAACAGAUAUUCAAUCAUCAUAGCCUUUUGGAUUGGGCUUGUUUCUUUUGUGGCAUUCCUCUUCUUUAUUUUGUUCUAUGUGUCUCGAUCUGGUACAACAUCCAUGAAGACUGGAGGAUCAAAGAAGAUGUUUCCUUGGAAUUAUUCAGAAACUAUUCAUCAAAAUCUUGUAAAUAACGACACUGUACGAACAUCUGUAGAUAACCAAGGAGAAGAAAUUGAAGGGCUUUGUUCAAAUAAUAGGUUACCAUGUCACAAUAUAAACAAUUCAGUUUAAAAUUUCCUCACAAGUGAAAUAUGAAGCCCACUACAUUACAAUGUGCUAGGAGGAAUACCUUUAUAAAAAACAUGUAAUCAUUCCUUUUUAAAAAAUGACUUUGGCUUUUUUGCUAUAUAACAAUCACUGCAAUAUCUAAUACAAAAGUGUUGAUUUACUGGAAAAUAAAUAUGUAAUCCAUACUUUAAUUCCUAAAAAAAGUUAUCAAAUAUUUUAUACAUGGAUGAGACAAAACCUUGUGCACAUUAUAUAUACAAAUUACAGAUUAGCUCAAAGUCAUGCUUCAGAAUCACUCAGGAAACUGCACAAAGCCAGAAUCAGAUGCUCUACUGAAGCAUUGCUAGACGUAUUUCAUUAUUUGUAUUUUUUACACUAUUUACAUUGUUGUUAAAAACGUCCAAAUUUACAGAUUGACUUUUGUUCCUAAUUGCAAAUAAGAUGUAGUGAUUGAACAAUAUUUAAUUAAAAAUUAGUCACGUCUGAGAUUCAGUGGCACAAAAUACAGUGGCUCUAUAUUAUAAAUUACUCACUUUGUAAAAUACAAAGAUUUAAUGCACAUCAAAAAAAUUAUAU